ACUAUUCAAGAAACAUUAGAUAUAAUCAAAACAUGUUUAUAUCUCAGAAAAGACAGUCCUUGGAUCUAUGUUUACAUGACUUUUUUUCAUUCUCAGGAAGGAUAAACGAUGUUACUAAAGCUUACUUAUUUCAGUGUUACCCUGUAUACUGGAAAAUCGCGCCGGCCAUUGCGCGCUCGUGUUUUGGUUCUAAAAAGAUGGCGGACUCUUGUUUUCAAGAUCGGUCACAUAGAAAUACGAUAGUUUUCAGAUACCCAGCGAAAGUUGACAUAUUACGUGUACAAUAAUACCGAGUGGAUGAAAUUAUCGUUGCUACGGAUUUACUGGUGGGAUCGAAGAAGUUUCAUUGAGGUUCGUAAGCGACGUGAAAGCGGUGUCUUUAGCGUGCAUAUUAGACGAACUCCGAAGCGAAGUGAUUUUCAGAAAUUUCGGUUGUUUUCUGUGCGAAACAGAGUUCGACGAAUUGGAAAACGUUAUCGGGAUAAAAAGGAUAAGAUGGUUUGAUCCGAAUGAACGUUCACGAGGUUUAAUAACCCGACGAUCGACAUAGUAGCGAUACUUACUUGGUUAGGUUGAUUGUCUAGGUAUAUAGACAUACCUAUGAUAGCAGAACAAAGUUCCACGUGUUCCUCUCGGUGGUUCACGUUAAAACGUGACGUUGAAUUAACCUUGUAAACAUCACGUUAAAUGUGUUAUUCCAAACUAUAAUGGCGUCAAGUGAUUUUGAUGUGGAGCUCUUCGAACGAAGGCUUCACACAUUGAAAGAUUCGCAGGAGUCAAUACAAGGUCUUUCUGCUUGGUGUUUGGAGAGGAGACAGCACCAUAAGAAGAUUGUCGCUACCUGGUUGCAAGUUCUUAAGAAGGUAAAAGUUGAGCACCGCCUUACACUUUUUUAUCUGGCAAAUGAUGUUAUACAAUACUCCAAGAGAAAAAAUUUUGAAUUUGUGGAAUCCUGGGGCACAACUCUGCAACGAGCAACGACCAUGGUUAGAGAUGAGAAAGUGAAACAUCGUAUAUUAAGGAUUUUUAAAAUUUGGGAUCAGAGACAAGUGUAUGAUGAAGAAUUCCUGGCAGACCUAUCCGGAUUAAUUUCAGCAGCUCCAAAAAAGAAAUUAGAACCCCAGCCAACAGUACCUCCAGAAGAAUUUCAAGCUGCUUUACUCAUUUCUACUAUGAGAUCAUGUGCUACACUGGAACAAGCAACUGAUGCUCGAUUAAGAGAUUUACGUGACAGCAAUAUAGAUAUAGAGAAUGCAGAAGAAUUAUGUGCUUCUUUGAAAGAUAGGAGAAGGGUUGAAGAUGCAGAAAAGGAAGUGGAUUUGGCAGUUAGAAAUGUUGAAAAUUAUGUACGUGCAUUGGAGGCAGAAAUUAGAGAAAGAACUCAAGUACUUGAGCUGUUAGAACAGGCUGAUCAAUUUUAUGAAACUCAAAGAGGUGAAGUGAAAAUAGUUACUAAUGCAUACAGAAAUUUUGGUAGUCGUGUAAAAAAUUUGAAGAAAAAAUUGGAUGAGCUUUUACCAACAUUAGUUUCACCAAUUCCAUCACCAGACAUAAAUGCUCCAUCUCCAAGUCCUGAUAGUGAUAUAGAACUUCCAGGAGAAGAAAAUCAAUCUCAAAAUCAGUUAGGAGUUAUAGAUAUAGCACCACCAUCUAUGUAUGGUUCAUAUUCUCAUGAAUAUGAUCCAGUACCUGUACCAGCUCCAGAAAUGGGCCAAGGCAAUGAUUCCGGUGAUUUUACUAAUAAUUUUUCAUCUUUUAUGGGAGGAAAUGUGGAUUUUGGUAAUAUGCGAAACAUAUUUAAUGAAAGAUCGUUAACUCCUACUGGAAUGUCACAGCAAUAUAACGAAUCAUUGGAGGCUAAACCAAUAGAAGUAAUCAACAUGAGGCCCUCCAAAAAUGAAAGUAAUAGUGCAGAUUUUAAUAUCUCUAGUUUUUUAAAGACUGUUCUUCCUUCCUCUGAUGGAUCUCAAGAUCCUGGUGGUAUUCCUGGUCUUGGUUUAGAUAUUCCAGAAUCACGAGUAGAAUCUCCACAGCGUUCAAAUUAUAGACACUCACCUAUACUAGGGCAGCAUUCAGUAACCCCUGUGAUCUCAAGAAUUAUGGGAAAUCAAAACACACCUAUUGGUGUGAAUAAUUGUCCUAUAACCCACAGUACUCCAUUACCUGUUCGAAACUUAUCCGGCGAGUCGCAUACUCCUUCACCGUAUUCCAGUCAAAACAGCCAGAGUAAUAUUACUGUACCUUUUGAUGGCCCAACUAAUAAUAAUACUGUUAAUCCUUUACCACCUCCACCAUUACCUCCACCAAUUUUUCUCGACGAUGAAAACUGUUAUAAUAAGUUACCACCUAAGUUUCCAACAUGGACACCUACGAGUGAAACUAUGAAGGAACCAGCCAAAUGGGAGGAAAAGGGAAAAAAUAGCAUGAAUCCAACUUGGCCUGGUGAAUGCGAUGAAAAAGCAAAAACUUGGAUAGAUGGUGAUAUGGAUAGAUGGGAUCCUAGUAACGAAACUACGUGGACUAACGCUGUUAGAGGGAAAAAUGAAAUCUUGUCUGAAACACCAGAGUCACCACCCAUGUAUGAGAAAGCUGGAUUUACAGAUCCAGUUGAAUACGAUGACUCUCAACCACAAGAAUCUCUUUUAAGUACUGCUGGAGAUGUAGAUCAUAGAGUAAUACCUAUCCCGAUAACGGUAGAGAAUCAAUUACCAUAUCGUUUGAUGAAAGCAGCGGAUGUUGAUCAUCGAAACUUGAUUAGUUUAACAGGAAGUCCGGCGAAUCAUAAUGUCAAUGACAAUUCUAUGAAUGCGUUAGCUAACAGUAACAACUUGUGGUCCACAGGCGAUCAAGAUUACCGGCAACACAUGCAACCAGGCGAUAUUGUGGAAAGCGUCGACAUGGAAAUGUCGGACGACGAGACUGACAGUAAGCCAAAGGGAAGGGUUUUAGUUGACGUUCGAUCACAAGACAGGGAUAUGAGAGUCGGUAAUCAAUCAGCGACUUCACAGCACAUGGACAUGGACAUGCGAAUGAUUCCGCUUCCCGCGGGUCAAAUGCCAGGAUCUCACGGACAAAUAAUGCAAGACGUGCACAUGAUGCAUUCAGGGCCACUUCCGCCCCCACCUCCGCCACCGCAGUUUCAUCCAGGCCAACCAUCAUUUCAUCAAGAUCAAACAGACUUUCGACACAAUCCCGCAGAAUUUCAUCCAGGUCAAUCAAAUUUUCAUCAAAACAGGCCACCGCCAAAUUUCAUCCAAAACCAGCAGGAUUUUCCACAAGAAUUCCAUCAAAUGCACCAAACUCAGUCAGAAUUUUCAAAGCAAGAGUUUGAGUAUCGUGAAAAUCACGCAUUACGACCUAAUCAGGAGUUCCUUGGUGAGCCACAAAUGCGUGGCAGGUACUCUCAAUCAACGGAGCAUCAGCAUAGAGAUAUCGGUUUUCAUCGGAACGACCGAGGAGGUCGAGGUGGUCGUGGUUUUCCAAGGAACCGACGAGACAGAUACUCGGAUGAUCACAAACAAAGGAACCUUCAAAACAGUCGCAAAUCCCGAUCGCAAGAGCAACAUCAGAGGUCGUCCCCAGAAAUCCUACCAAACAGUCGCCCUUUACUGGUACCAGCACCAGACACUGUUGUCAUUCUCGACGAAGAUGGUAUGCCCAUAGGACUGUCCAACGAAAACAAAGCGCCAACGAAUGAAGAGCAUCUUCCAGACACCGAACAAGAAGAAAACUGUCAAGAUCGUAGAUUACCACACGGCACACCAAACCCACGGAGCCUCGACCAGCAAUCUGUAUACUCAAGUGGUUCGAAUCUUCACGAACACGAGUCUGAACCUUCAAUUAUGGAGACGGACGAACAACAAGCAAUGAACCAAGUGACUGUUGUACCCGUGAUAACGGAGCCUAAAGACUCGCAGCACAAUCAAUAUGUUCCUGUCUCAGAAUAUGAAGAACACAUCGAACCAGAAGCUAUAAUCUCAGAGAAGACCUGUGACAGUAGCGAAUCUAUUGAAAAUAUGGGUCAAGAAAUGAAUCUGCCCGAGCAGUCGCAACAGCAACACAUACCAGAUCAAGUAGACGAUCUUGGAAAUUCAACACCAAGCAACGAAUUGAAGAGACCGUCGACGAAUGGUAGCUUUGACGAGAACGAUGUUAGCUGUAGUAAACAGAGGAUCGUGUCGAACGGGCCGCAGACACCGACAGAGUCUGACGCCGGUUUGAACGGGCCAAUACCACAGGUCUCGGCGGAAUCACAUCAAGGAAUGUACGACUUCGACGGUCCCGUUGGGCCGAACUUUCGACCGCGUCUCGGUGGUCCGGUUCCGUUUCCUCCUUGGAGGGGUGGUCCACCUCGUGGUAGGGGUUUCAGGGGUGGUCCAAGAGCUCCUUGGAUGGACAGGGGACCUCGUGGACCUGUGAUCGGUAACUUCAUGCCGAGGGGACUGAAACGCGGUGGACAAUUUAGGGGUAACGGCUUCAGAGGUCGGGGACGUGGUAACAAUUGGUAGAAAGUGCAUGAAUUCUCUCUAUUAAGAAGGAUAAAAGAGAAAACAAGAAGGAAAGAAACUUUUGCUGCAGUUUUUACCAAGGGAGGAACAUACACUGUUUUUGAAAAAUAAGAAAGAACGAUCGUUUUUUUUGUAUUCUGUACAUACGUAUUAAUUACUGCGUGAAAAAAAGAAACCCACUGUGGAAUCGUCACAUAGGGAGACCGUUGUGUGCGUCUCUGGACAUAUAGACGGGGGAAUGGGGUUAAGAGUUGGUGUGAUCCUAGAUGAGGUGAUUUUCCUUGUUGGAGAUUCACACUUCUUUGUGCGAUUAAUUCGCCUAUAUACAUAUAUAAAUAAAACUACAUAGAUAAUAUAGAUAUAAAGGAUGUACACGUACAUAUAAACGCAUUCUCUCUCUAUCUCUCUUUCUUGCUCCGUCUCUUCAUGCUCAUUGAAGAAACUUGAUUCGAUUCUCAGAUACUUGUACACGCGUUUAUUACAAAGUACUAGAUGUAUUAUCGAAGCGGGACCAUCAACGUUACUUUGAUACAACCUUGUCGUUAGCACUUCCAAUCAGUGCCGAUACAAAUAUUGAUGGAACAAGGGACAUUAUACAAUAGUGUGCGUGCGUAUCGUCGACGGUUCUCGCUUCGGUAAUGGUCGAUAUUUUACCUCUUAGGAUUUCAUGUAAGACAAAAGAAACUUCUGUUUUACGUACAUAUGUGUUAUUACAAGUACAAGCAAGGUGAAAAAAGAAAGAAUAUUUAUAUGUCAGGUGGGUUGACCUGUGAAAAUGAUUUUGCUUUAGCGUUGAUCCUUUUAGCCUGUAAAGGUGAAUGUUACGUGUCGAAACGAGAAAAGCAAAAAAGGAAGAAAAGGAGAGCAGCUCUAGGCCUUUAGAAUUCGUUUCACGGAUCGCUUCUCUUUAUUCACUUGCCUAUUAACCAGAAAUAAAACGCUAAUUGCCUGUUUUUCUCCGCCUGUCCACAUUUCUAAUCGUUUCAUCGAGGCUCGUUUAUAAACAGGCAUGUCAAAUGAAUCUUCAAAGUGUAUUAAUAAAAAUGCAAUGUUUAUGUUCUGGUCCACUUCGUACAUUUCCCCCACUUUUUCACGAGUAAUAUACAUAAUACAUAAUAACAUGUGUUCAUUUCGUUUUUUUUUUUUUGCGAGGAGAGCUCGAAUCUGAAUGAAAGAAAAAAACGGAAACGAAUGUUAUAUUGUCAAGACGAAAGCGCGAUAUGCAAUAGAUAUAAGAGCAGGUCGUUAUUGAAUAUAUUACAAUCCAAUAUCUUGCAAUCAUUUUUAUUUUGUUCUUGUUUUUCCUAUUGCGAAGGAACAAACACCAUUGCACGAAAAAAAGAGAAAAGAAAAAAGAAAUGUGACGAACGAGUUCCGUUGACGAUGGUUCGUUUGCCUGACCAACCCGUUUUCUUUUCAUUCCGUUUCUUCUUUUUUCAUCCACUGCGUUCAAUGUUCUCGAGCGUUUCUCAUCUGUGACAAAAAAGAAGAUAGAUAUGUCGAUGGAGUUUUUUUUUUUUUAUAAAGAAUUGUGGAACCAUGUGUGUGUAUAUAUAAAUAUGUAUAUAUAUACGUGCAUACAUAUAUUGUGAUUUUGUAAAAACAUCAGUAGUUUCUUUAUUAGCUAACUUAAAGUUUCUUUUUAUGUAUCUUGAUUAUUCGUUUUACGAAUCUCAUCGCUCGAUUGUGGACGUUUUCGUGUUUAUAUGUUUAUGGAUGCAAAAGUGUACGAAAUGUGUAAAAAUAUAUAAAAUAUCCAAAAUAAGGUAUUUGUUACAAUAUUUAGCGAGCGGAACAAAUUUAGUUACAACGUUUAAUGAAUGAAAGAAUUUUGAAUAAUUUGCUACUCAUCGCAGAACAGAAUUUUUGUGAAAAAAUGAUAUUUUGAAACUCGGGUAGCAAGCAAACGAAUCAUUGUCUUGAAUAAAAACGCAAAAUACAUGUAGAUAUCGAUAGCGAAAUGCACAGGAAUUAAGUGUAGCAAGAUAAAUCCUUGGAAAACUAAUUGACUGUUUAAUAAAACAUUGCAAUUUACCGAGGACCUUGCCAGCACUCGACAAAACCGUACUCCUGUUUAACGUACAUUGUAUUUUUUUCGUACCUAUUUGUUUAAAGCAUUCCGUGAUAAAGAAGAAAGAGAAAUGUUUUAUUUUCUCUACUUAUAAUGGAAGAUAGUAGAGGAACUAAAGCGCGACUUUCCAUUGCUUUCCUUUAAAGAUUCGUAAGUUCGAACGCGACAUUGUGAUUUUAUGUAGAUCCAUAGUUCUUUCACUCUUUUCUCCGUUUGAUCAAUUUUUUCUUUUAUUUUCUAUUAUCCUUAUUUUAAUCAAUUCACAUAUAUUAAACGUUUUUGUUUUAUCCUUUUCUUUUAACAGAUCCAAGGUACUUACAGACUUAUAGAUCAUUUUAUUUCAUGUCUUUAGAAGCAAUUUUCUUUUCCCUCUAUUUUUCACUUUUUAUUUUAAAAACUCAUGGACGAAGGUAUAUGAAUUAUUAUUUAUAGAUUACAAAAAUGUAUCUUUUUUUAUUACGACUCAUGUUAUUUGACUAUCUGAAAUUUCUAUGGAUCUACCUCGAUUCGCCUACUAUCACAGAAAAUCGAUUUUUGGUUCCUCCUUAAGUUAUCUGUGUUUUACAAUUCAUGUGGCCUAACAUCUGAGACAUAACUUACUCUUUUUCUGUUCGAACAUUUUUACUUAUUCUAACAUAUCGAAAUUUUUAAACUUUUAAAUAAUCUCCAAUAUACUUUAAAACGCUUUCAACAACUAUUUCGUCGAUUAUGAUGUUGUAAAUGAUAUUUGAGAAGCAAGUUCAUUGAUAUGUUACGAUGAAAAUGUCCUGUUUGGUAAAUAUAUACACUUAUUAGUCAAUGCGUGGAUUUAUCUAACGUUUUAACAAAAUUAUUAAUUAAGUAUGAAAAUGUCCAUUAUUCUUGGUAAAUGUAUUCCUUCCUUAAAUAAUACAUGUGUAUGAUUAUGAUCUAUUAGUAAAAACUUAAAUUCCAUUGUUUGCGAAUACAUUUACUUACAAAAUUGAUACAGACACACAAAUUGACUAGAUGUAUAAAUUUAUUAUAAGGAAUAGAUUUAAUUUCUCACAUCAUGGAAAAUCUCCAAUAUCUCAGUUCGAUCGUUACGUUACUGGUUCUAUUGUUUCCUUUUACAAGUGUUUUAAAGGGCGAACGCCGGUGAAUUUCAAAGAAUGUGGCGGGAUGUGUAUCGAUUUGUAUAUACCAGCGCGUGAUAGAUACGAAUACAUAAUACUUGUAACACGAGCACGUACAAUGGCCUGAACAGAAUGUAUAAAAUACAUAUUGUACAGUUUUUAGCGUUAUAUCAUUACCUUUUUCUCCGCGCACGAAGCAAAGGCAAGGAGGAAGAGAUAUGCCCAUUAUUUCACCUAUAAUUGCUCUACUAUUUCACCACUCUUACCGCUUGCUUUCUCUUUCAAUUUUUUUCAACGUCUGUAAUCGAGUUACCGAGUGAAAAUUAAUAAAAAAAUAUAGAUCGCGUGCAAAUGUAUCUCUGCUUGAAAUUUUGAGCCUGGUGAAUUGCGUUUCGCCACGAAACUCGCCCUUUGCGGUCUCCAUCUAUACAAUCGAUUCCAAAAUCAAUCAAAUCUGACCGUUAAAACUGACAUAUAAUUCUGUAAAGCAUUUCUAUAAUUUUUUAAAUAUUCCUCCUUUAAAAGUAAUUAAAAGAAUCAUUCGUUUCGUCAGUAAAGUCUUAAAAAAAAAAAAAAAAGAAAAGAAAAAAUCGAAAUAUCGGUCGUUUGUACGGAUUGGAUUGCAAAGAGUGGAAUCUACUCGAAAUUUUACAAAGGAUCUUAUAAAAUAGGAUUUACUCGAAAUCUUAUGUAUCGACGAAUGUGUCCACUGGAUAGGCUUGUUAUAAAUUAGAAUAAUGCGUAUAGAUAAAUGUAUAUAUAUAUAGACAGUAAGUUUGAAAGGUAAUCUUGGCAGCUCGAGCAAUGUGUUUCGCGUGUCAUCGUUGCUACGUUAUUUUCUUACAAAGGAAUUCACAAAGUUGAAGAUAUAUCCUAAGCUGAAUUCUUUGUUCGCGAGGCUACAUGUUGUGGUAUCGAUUUUGGCUAGCGAUGCACGCGAUACACCAUGUGUGCGUGAUUUAAGUAUUCUACCAAUUCCUAGCGCGAACUUUCAUGUUGUUUUACUUAAAAUGAUUAAUACGCGCAAAUGUACAUGUAUAUAUGUGUAUGUAUGAUGUUUUUGGUAAAGAGAAAAGCGCGAAAGUGAUUUAUGUAGCGAUGUAACACACGAUCUGUUGGGAAUAUUUUUGCGAAGCAAAUGUGCAAAUAUAUCCCCGAUGAUCGCUCGUUUUGAAAAAGUGCAAUUUGUUUCUAGAUAAAACAACCCUUGAAUGAAACUCGAACGAUAAUAGACAAUUUAUACACCUCGACUUCCUCUUUCGUUUCUUUUUUACAUCUAACGAUAUACAUAAAAGUAUAAUUCUUUAUUUAAACAUACAUAAUUCCUUUAUCUCCUGAUUUUUCACGUUGAUUUUAUGGCUCGCAAUUCUAACGACUUUUGUUCUUAUUUUCUUAAACCGAAUAAAUUGCAUGUUAAUAGGAAAUUGGAUAGACUUUAGAGACGUACAAGUGGAUACAAGUUAGAAAGCUGUAACGCUGUAAUGGUAGUUUAGAAGUCGACUCGUUUGUUAUUACGUUCUGACAAAUUGUUGUAUCGGUCAAGUUUCAUUUGAGCGAUUUUCCGCGAUAUCGAGAAACAGACGCAACGUUAUAAACGUGUGACAGUGAUGUUUGAGCAAUGUAUAUGUAUAUAGAGCAGAACGUAGAUUGAUCUUGCGUGUGCGUGCAAAGGAAAGUGUAAAUCAGUCUGUGGGUAAAAGUGCCUUCACUCGAAGUAACGAAUUUCGCUUCAUUAAGCGGAAGUUUAUUACUGGUGUCUCGAUCAUUCAGUUUCACUUUCUCUUUAAAAUUGCUCUUUCGCCUGUCGAUAUAUAUAUAUCUUCUUUUUUGUUGAUGAUUAACUUAUUUAUUGAAUGUUAUCUUCUGACCUGAAAAUGCUCGAUAUUGAUUACAUAAUUCUUUUUACUUCUUAGUAUUUUGUAUAUAAGUUCAUCGUACUGUUUAAAUAUAAAAAAGAAAAUGAAAGAAUCACCGACAGGCGGAUAAACCGUGAAGAAACGAGCAAAAAAACCGGCUCUUUGUAGUUUUUCCACAUAGUAUUUCGAAACUUCUGAUACGUUAAACGUAGUGGCAAUCGAUCUGAGGUUCUAUUAAUAAAUCAGACCGAUUAUCCCGGACGAUAAUCUCGCAAAGUAGGCUAUUGUUUAAUUAUUUAAUAAUAGAUCGUGAAUGAGUUUUAUAUUCUAACGUAAAACCGCAUUCUGCAUACCGUGUAUGCUGACAAUAUUUUUUGUACCUUGUCCAAAUAAAAAUGGGGUCUAUUGUUUAUCGUGA